AUGAAUUAUGCCGCUCGUCAUAGUCACCCCAAGUAUAGUACAUCAACGAUUGUACCUUUUAAAAUUAUCUCAAGUGAAGUAUCUCAGCUACCAACAUUAUCAACUAAAUUGAAUCUUGCACCAUUAGUAUCUUUUGAUGAACAUGGUGACAUUCCAAUUCCUAUUAAAAAUCAAUCAACCUCUCCAAUGCUUAUUAGUACAUCUAAACAAAAUACUACUAGUCAUUAUUGUUGUGAUUUAUGCAUAUGGAAAUGGUUUCGAAAAACAUUUUGUCAAGUUAUUAUGCAAUGUUUAUGUUCACAAUUAGGUUUAUUCGUUCUAGUAUUUAUUUAUAUUGUUUUUGGUGGUUUAAUUUUUUAUGGUAUUGAAUCAAAAUAUGAAUCACAUAAAAAUGAACAAAUUAAAAUAAAACAUUUACAUGGUAUUCAUAAUAUUCGUCGUAUAGCUACUGAUGAAUUUAAUUGGAUGUUAAAUGCAUCAUUUGAAUUACGUUAUGCAUUAUGGCGUGGUAUGUUAUCACGUCUCGAUGGUUAUGAUGAUACAGGUUGGCGUGUACAAGUUCAUAGUGAAAGAUUUGAUCGAUUAAUUGAUGAUGAACUUGCACGAAUGCAAGCUGAACAAGAAAAAUUAUCAGAUAAACAUGAUACAAGAGCAGAUGCAGCUUAUAAUCAAAAAUGGACAUUUUCUACAGCUAUGCUUUAUUCAGCUACAGUGAUUACUACAGUUGGAUAUGGAAAUAUUACACCGAAAUCAAUAUUAGGCAAAUUAACAACAUGUCUCUAUGCCGUUAUUGGAAUCCCUAUUAUGAUUAUGUAUUUAACAAAUACAGGUGAUUUACUUGCUUUUUUCUUUAUCAAGUAUUAUUCUACGACAAUUAAUUUGGUUCAUCGUAUAAUCAGGCGACAAAAAAAACAACGACAACAGCAAGAAUCAAAAAUAUCAUUUGAAAUAGAAAAUAGAACCAUACAACAUCAUGUACCAAUUACAGCUACAAUUGGUGUACUUACAUUAUAUAUUGUAGCUGGUGCUAUUUUAUUUUCUCAUUGGGAAGGAUGGUCCUAUAUUGAUGCUGCUUAUUUUUCAUUUAUUACAUUUACUACAAUAGGUCUUGGUGAUUUCGUACCUGGUAAAGGAACAUUAACAGAUAAUAAAAAUGGUAAAUCAAUAUUAUGUGCACUCUAUCUUCUAUAUGGUCUUGUUUUAACAACUAUGUGUUUUAAAUUAGUACAAGAUGACUUAUUUGCUAUGAAACGACGAAUUUUUACUCGUCUUGGCUUUGAUAUUUAUCAUCAUCAUCAUUUUCAUAAAACUCGUCGAUAUGGAGUACAUUCGCGUGGCAAUAGCACUUGA